AUGUUGAACUUCCUGCCAGGUCAGCCAAAUAAUACAGUUCAAACUUUGUGCCAUAAAACUUGGAAUAAACUUGCAAUAUUAGCAUAUUGUUCAGGAAACAAUCUAAUUAUUCUCUCUAAUGAGUUCACAAGGUUACAAACGAUCUACUUCGAUGAGGAUGCAACAGCCGUCGAUAUAAAUGAAGAGAAUGGGCACAUUUCAGUUGCAAUUGGUAGCUGCGCUCAUAUGUUCAAGCCAUUGUACCAUUGCAUGAAGGAACCCAGAUGGGUCCCCUAUACAAGAAUAUACCAUGAUGACUCCCGGUUAAAUUGUUUGAAAUGGGGCAGUGAUAGUGAACUUGUUCUCGGCUCUAAUUAUUUAUCUCUAUGGAAGAUUAAAGAGCAGGCCGGAAGCUAUUCACCCCAUCUACUUUGGAAUCAAAAGCACCCGACUCCUAUUUACAACUGCGUAGUCUCGGAUGAUUCGCAGUUCAUCGCAACGAUAGGCAAAUAUGACUCUAAGGUUAAAGUUUGGAGACGUGUUAGUGAUUCAGGUGACCAUGCAUUGUUUGAUUUAACCCUAAUUCCACAUGCAGGCUAUGUGACGAUGUUCAGGUGGAGAGGAAGGCAUAAAAAGACUCCUCAUUCUUGUCAUAUACUGUACACUCUUUGUUCUGAUUCGAAGUUUAGAAUAUGGUCCAACUAUGAGCUUGAAAAUAAAAAUAAUGUACAACAUUGGGGUACAGUUCAGUUGGAUGAAGAAGCCGGUGAGAGAUUUGCGUUGGUUAUUGAUAGUUGCUUAUUAGAGCAAACAAUGCCAAAACAGUACUCUACCAGUUUCUUAAAAUACUUGGGGAGGAAUAGACCGGAGCUUGUUGGCAUAAUAUCGAAAUAUGGAAAGAUGAGGGUCCUUGCACUUGAGAACCUUUCUCACGAUCCACCUAAACUGGUAGCUUUAAAUGACAUAGCAACCAUCAAAUUAAAGGCAUCAUGGUUUGUACCGAAUCCUGAAUUCCUCUAUUUUGCCGAACCGAAGGUCUAUAGUAAAUCUAAUCACCAAAUUUCGGUAAUAAUUCAUGAUUUAAAGGGUUCAAUAAAGCACCUACUUAUCACAGUGGACAAACUUUUUGACUAUUAUUCAAUGAAAAAUAUUAUAGAGCACAAGUUUACUGGACACAACAAAUCGAUCCAGAAACUUUUGAGAAGUAGCGAUGGAGAAGCCGUUUUAACCAUUAGCAGGUUUCAUGAAAAUUCUAUUUGGGUGCCUCAGGCUAUGCAUGCUGGAGUUUCGUUGGAGAGAAGAAAAAUCAUCAAUACUCCUGCUCCUGUUCGAACUGCUUUAGUUCAUGAAAAAGGAUCUUUCGUGAUAACAUUAUUGAAUUCCUUUAAGUUACAGUCUUGGGAUUGUACUUGUUCAAAGACUAAAGUAGCUAAAUUGGGGUAUGAGAUUAGUAUUAGCCGCGACCAUGGAUACCCUUUAUUAAUAACAAAUAUUCCGAAGAAAAAACAUAAAAAAAACCGUCAUUUCAUUGCAUUGAUUUAUGAUACAGGUCAUAUUGAUUCAUAUCUCGUUACUUCGAAUUCAAUUGUUCCGGUGGAGACAAUUGCAACCUGUAUUGAGCAGGAGGGCAAAAUAUAUCUUGCGUCAACCAUUGAUCCUGUGCAACAUUCAUUCGUUAGUGAUAGAAAUUUAAUUUCAAGCAUUUCUACCAGUGGGAAAAUACGCACCUAUAAAGCUACAGUCUCAGAGAAUGGGUUUUUGGUUGAAUGGAAAUUGACUUAUGAGUUUGACACCAACAUUGAAAAUAGCACCUUGAUCUCGGCCUCCUCAAUUGAUAAAAUCUGCGUAGUUGGACAAUCUAGGAAAGAAAUUACUAUAUGGGACUUAAGGCGAAGCGUAUUGGAAUAUACUCAAACUUUUGAAGAUGAAAUACGUGAUAUCGAUUGGACCAGCACAAAAAUGGGGCAAAGCAUUGUGUCUAUUGGAUUUAGUAACCAUGUUAUUUUGGUUUCACAAUUGAGAUAUGAUUAUACAAAUAAACUUCCUAGUUUUCUUCCCAUUAAAAAGAUUGAUAUUACAAAGAAUACAACCCAUGAAGUAGGCGACUCAACGUGGAUGAAAGAUGGUACAUUUGUAAUAGCCUCUGGGAACCAGCUAUUUAUUGAAGAUAAGCAAUUGGAUCUUUCAGACAAAUUUACUCAUCAGUCUAUCGGUUCUAGGAGAAUAAUUUCAAAUGAUAUUUUACAUCUAACUAGUGUUCUAAAUGGCCCACUCCAUGUUUACCAUCCCCAAUUUCUAAUUCAAGCUUUAUAUUGUAAAAAACUAAAUUUGGUCAGAGAUAUAAUACUUCGGUUAUUUCACAAGGUCAGGGAAAUUGAAUUUAAUCCAGAUAUCGCAGACAGAUUGCCUUCAACUCUUGACAUUGAGAGCUGGAAGUUUUUACUUCCCUCUGACAGAGAUUAUACAUUCCACCAAUAUGAUGAGCCGUACAAUUCCUACAGCGAAAAAAUAUCACAGUCUUUACGUGAGAAGUUGACCAAGAUAGCAUUGCCAUACCUGACCCGUCAUCAACAAAGUACGUUACUCACAGUUUUGGAAGCGUUUGAAGAGAUAGACCAAAAUGAAAAUAUUAUAGAUAUUAAUGGUCUGCGAUUCUUGUUGGGGGUUAAAUUAUUCCUGUCACACAAGUUAACUCAAGAAUCUAUAACGAUGAGAGACGUAUCAUGGGCACUUCAUUCCGAGAAUAAAGAGUUACUGUUAUCUCUAAUAGAUUCUGAGCUCAAUUCUUGGUCUCGCAUGAGGGAGUAUAAGGUUGCUUAUUGGUGUAAGCAGGAGGACUUGGAAAGAAUGUUUGAAUCUAUUGCCAAAUUUGAGUUUACAAUGGGAGGCAAAAGGGACCCCCAAAGUUGCUCUAUAUUUAUCUUGGCACUAAAGAAGAAAAUAAAGCUGCUUAAUUUAUGGAAGUUAGCUGUAGGUCACGAAGAACAGUCAAAGUUGCUAAAUUUUCUGAAAAAUGAUUUCUCGCAGCCUCGUUGGAAAACUGCAGCUUUAAAAAAUGCAUUCGUUCUACAGAGCAAGCAUAGAUAUCUAGAUUCUGUUAGUUUUUUCUUACUUGCAGGUUCUCUGAAGGAUGCAGUAACUGUUUUAGUUAAAAAAGUUGAUGACUUAGAUUUGGCAAUUGGAGUUUGCAGGUUAUAUGAGGGAGAUAAUGGACCAGAGCUAAGUAAUUUAUUGCAGAACUAUGUUUUACCUAAGGCUAUUAGUGAAAAUGACUGGUGGACUAUAAGUUUUGUCUUUUGGAAAAUUAAGAAAAGAGAACUGGCGAUUAAAAGCCUUCUGGGUUCUUGUAAGGAAGCUUCAAUCAACUUUUGGACAAGUGGGAAAGAUAAACCUACAAAUAAAUCGUUUUUGGCAGUUGACCCAGCUUUAUUACAAUUAUAUGCUCAAUUAAGAAGAAAGAACGACAGUUAUUUCAAGGCUUCGCUAGAAAUAAAUGAAACUAUAGAGUACGAUAUUGUUAACAAAGUGGCUAAUAUCUACUUUCGUAUGGGCUGUGAUUAUUUAUCAUUAUCAUUAAUUAGUAAUUGGGAGUUUAUUGAGGAAAAGAAAUCUAACAGCUUAAGAGGUUCUGAUAAUAUACCGUCGUUGAAUAGUAGCUUUCAAGUUGAUAUUUUACAUCCUGUUUCUGCGGAGAAAACUAUAGGCUCACACUCAAAUCUCUCUGAUAAUUCAGACCCGGCCAUGUAUUCUUCUUUAUAUGUCGGAACGUCAACGACAAAAAGCAUUCUUGGCGAGUUUACGAAUCCUGAUCCUUCCUUACUCAGGACAGAUAUUGCAAAUUCUGGUAUGCCAAGAACUGAAUUCACUCCAACCGACUCCCAAAAUGGUCUUGGAUCAAAUGAUUUAGACAAUUUUAAGGCUCAAAGUUUAGGAUCACAGAAUGCAGGCUUCUCUUCAAAAGAGCCGGAAAGGCCUGUAAAAGUAAGAAACUUGCUGGAUGAUUUCAUGUAA